UCCGCCUCCGUCUGUCCCCUCCCUCUGUAGGUAUAGAUGCUACAGGCUGGUCUCCCUGCAUCCCAGAGCACAGCACAGAGCCCCAGAGCAUCAAGCCCUUCAGCCUCAGACACAGCCUCAGCCAGAGCCUGUCUAGUGUGCUGCACUAGUCCUGAGACCCACCAGCUCAGUGAAGUAGUCCAGCCACCAGAGUCAGCAUAACUCACACAGAACUAGGAUAAUUACUUUACUAUCCUAGUUCUACUAUCCUAGUUCUACUAUCCUAGUUCUAAUGUUCUAGUUCUACUGUUCUAGUCAUGUACAGGGCUCAGUCUGUGAACUAGUCCAGGGCUGGUUGAUAUUUACUCUGUGAAGGUUCUCCAGUACUGUAGUCCAGUAGCUCACCUUAGUCCUGGACUGAGAUUAUUAAGUCUUCAGUCAACUGCAUCCAGUGAGAGCCACCAGCCAGUCCUUUGUACCUGAGACCGCUGCAGAUCACCUUCCACCAUGCAGCUCUCACACACCUUCCGCGUCUUCCUCUUCCUCCUUUUCAUCGUUGGGAUUGCGCUGGCAGGCUCGUCCUCGGCUCGGAGAAGCAGAGUGAGACGUCAGAACAUGAAGGUGAGGAUCAACGCUACAGGCGACACCAUCGUGAUGAAGUUUGUACGUCCCAACGCUGACACCAAGCUGGAGGGCUACAUCCUGGGCUACGGCAGCAGCAUGUUCUCUAAACAGUUUAUCCAACUCCCAGAGAACGGACUGCCCUACGAGACAGAGAUCGAUGCCGAGCCCAAGUACCUGAUUGCUGUCCAGCCCAUCCCAGUCAAUGAUGUGAAGAAACAGUGCACAGGUAACGUGAACCUGGAGAAGCCCCUCCACCUGGUGAUUGGGUCCGUGACCCCCACCUCCGUGCUGCUGUCCUGGGGAACCCUCCUCAAGACGCCCUACGAGGGAAACAUCAUGAACGACUGCCUGGAGGACGGGAACUACACGGUGCGCUACCGUGAGAGGAACCGGAAGUGGACCUACCAGACGUGCCCCGCAAGCAACACGGUCAUUGACAGCCUUAAGCCCAACACGGCCUAUGAGUUUGGUGUCCGACCCAACAACAAGGAACGCAGCGGAGUAUGGAGCAAGCCCGUCAUCCACAACACCAACAUGAGCGGGAAGGCCAUGCAGAAACCCUACAAACCAAGGGCACCUCUGAAGCCUGUGAAAACGGUCAACAUACCACGGGCCUUCUUCCCUCCUCGUCACGCUGUCCAUAACAGGAGCCAGGGCAGAACCCUCUUCAGGACCCCUGUAGCUCCAAGGACCACCUUCGGACGAGCAGAUCAGAUCAUAUCUGCCUCCUCUCCUUCUGUGGAUGUCCCCCGUGCCUCACCUGCCAUCCCCCUGCCCUCCCCCAACCUCUCCUUACUCUCCCCUCAGCUCCUACCCUCCCCCACCCUCCCCCAUGCCUCCUCCCAGCUCCUGCCCUCCCCCAACCUUCCCCUGACUUCCCCAGCUGACCCUGUACUUAACCCCAAUCGUAACGGACAGAGACACAGGGGACCGGCCCGGGCUAGGCCCCAACAGGCCCAGCCCCAACAGCCUGCUAAGGUCACCCAGAACCUACAGACCCCCACGGGUACCAGCUUCCUGAGACCUUUGACCCCUACCGAGCCUCGCUCUCCUACACACUCUGUCGUUGUCACGGCGGCCAGAAACACAACGUUGCCUCGCAGUCGCGUCUCUCUCUACUCCACCCCUAACGGCAUCAGACCUCUCUCUCUACCCAGGGACACCAACACCAACUCCUCCCUCACCUCCGACACACCAGGGGCCGACUGGGAGCACAAUAAGGGCCUUGCUCUUCCCAAACCUGCCGUCUGGUCCAGAAAGCGACUGGGCUCCCCUGCAGUUCUGCAACCCUUUCUUCCUGUCAACAAGAGGCCCAACCUGGUGGGGAAAUCAGGGGACAAGGAUAAGCUGAUGGACCUGAAGCAGGGAGACAAAGCGUCCAUCUUGAGGUCCUUCCCUCUAGUCACGGCUAAGCCCGCCAAACAAAAGACCACAACCCUCACCCCGGCCUUGAAUGCCACGGGUGACAACUCCUCUGUGUUCAGCUCUCUCCCUACUUCCGAAGUGGACGCCAUGGGCAAGAAGCGCUUCGUAGCCCCUCAUGUGAUCUAUAAGACUGACAAGAAGCCAGACGAACCGUGUUCCAUAACAAAGUCCCUCAGCUUCUUCCCUGAGGAGGAGGGGGUGGAGCAAAACGUCACCGCACCGCCCCGCUUGCCCCCCUCCAACCUCACAGUGGUUACUGUAGAGGGAUGCCCCUCCUUCGUCAUCCUGGACUGGGAGAAGACUGACAACGACACCACAGAGUAUGAGGUAAUUUCAAGAACCCAUGGACCCAAUGGAGAAGAGGUGUCCAUCCUGACCACCAACCAGACUCACACUGCAGUGGAGAACCUAAAACCAGAGAACAGUUACGAGUUCAAAGUGAAACCCAAGAAUGAGCUUGGGGAAGGGCCUGCCAGCGAGCCAGUGUUGUUCAACACAGAGUCAGCGGACCCUCGGGUGAGUGAGAAUGUCUCAGGUAAAGAUGCUAUCUGGACACAGUUCCCCUUCAAAGCAGAUUCCUACUCGGAGUGUAACGGGAAGCAGUAUGUGAAGAGGACCUGGUACCGCAAGUUUGUGGGCAUUCAGCUGUGCAACUCCCUUAGAUACAAGAUCUACAUGAGUGACUCGCUCACCGGCAAAUUCUACAACAUCGGGGACCAAACAGGUCAUGGGGAGGACCACUGCCAGUUUGUAGAUUCUUUCCUGGACGGACAAACAGGCAGCCAGCUAUUGGCCGACCAACUACCCAGCCGAUCAGGCUUCUACCGGGCUAUGCGUCAGGAACCGGUCAACUUUGGCGAGAUCGGAGGGAACUCGCACGCCACCUACGUUGGCUGGUACGAGUGCGGAACACCCAUACCUGGGAAAUGGUAAGACCCCUCCACCAGAGGCCAGGAAGAUGCCUGAAUGGAAGAAUGAUGAUCUCACCAGGGUGAGAGGAGGAGGAUUGAGGAGGUUUCAGUGGCCCUUGAGGUGGGCUUCUCCCUCUUGUUACCAUGGAGACUGUGUCAAUAUGUUACCAUGGAGAUGCAUCUGUCUGUCUGUCAGAUGGUGAUGGCCCACAUUCCAUUGUAUAAAAGUGUACAGGACCAUAUCUUGUCAUGGAACUCUUGAGUUCUUUUGUCAUAUCUCCUUAGGGGAUCUAUUCAAUCCGCAUACCGGAAGUUCAGCUUUACAGUGUGAUUGAAUAUUUAAAGGCAACGUUCCUGCUUUAGCAGAGACUGCUUUUACGAUAAACACUGCUUAUGUCGGCUAAUAUCCGAAAUGACCUUUACAUUUCCAUCACGGAAUCUGUUACUCUUCAGCUUUACAGACUGAACCGAGCCCUAAGUCUCAUCUCACUAUUUAUCAAACAGGACAUGAGGCAGUCCUCAAAGCCUGUAAAAACGGGAGAGAAGUUAAUAAAGGCGUGUCAGAGUGCUUCAAGAGGUUACAUAUGAACGCCGGAAACUGUUGGGAAGCUGGCUCCCUGAAAAUGUAAUGAUGUGUAUGAUGUUAUUUAUCAAGCAGUUGUUAUUCAAUGUUCCUUGUGGUUUAUAUUAGCCAGUCUGCUAAAAGGGUUGCUAUAAAACAAAAGCCUCCUCUAAAAAGGAAAGAAAGCAUUACACAGGCACACACACACACUAAAUUCGUCACUCAUACACACAUACUCAAUACCCUUUCUUGAUUGGUCCUGUAGGAUUGACAGUUGCGGUUUGCACAAUAUGAAAUUAUUAUUUAUAUUUUACCACAGCAUUGUUGAAUACUUGUUUCUGAUAUGCUAGAAGGGCAUUCUAGAAUGGACAUAAAAAACAUAACUGGACGGCUAGAAAAGAUAUCAGGACGCAGUAUUCGCCUACACAUGUAGACCGUACUCGCUACAAAGUUACAGAAAGCUAAACCAUCCACCACACAAACGGAAAUUGGAUACAUUGUAAAUGCAGGUCCAACGAGGAAAAACAUAGCUAGCUAGCAUUGAUUUGUUUAUGGAGAGACAUAUAUUUUGGAGCAUCUGAUGGUCUAACGUGGUGAGUAGGACCUGCUGAGGUGACUAUUAUCGCCACACCAGCAGUCAUGAGUCAUGACUGCAGUAAAAUCGUAGGUGACCUUUGAGUCACAGUAUUCUCCUCUUAUGCACUCUGGACAUGUGUUAGUAGUACCCAACUCAUUUCUAAUGAUCAACAGGUCACUAAUGGCCUGGAGAUCAGGACUCUGUUGCCCCUCUAACCACUCUGACAUGAAUGCAAAUGAAAUCAAAAAUCACAACACUUAUCAUCAGAACAGCAUGAUGCUUUUAAAUCUCACCUCACUAUGAUGAUCAAUUUGAAGAAAGAAGUUCAACAACAGGUUGAAACUGAGAAGAAAACAUGGUCGUUGUGUACAGUGGGGCAAAAAAGUAUUUAGUCAGCCACCAUUUGUGCAAGUUCUC